AUGCAGGGAUCGGAAAGGAAAGUGUCCAGGAGUCAUGAGCACGAAAAAUCCUGUGAGAUUCAGCACAGACAAGAAAGAGAGCAGGGAAACCAGCCAGGGGAGAAAGUGGGUAAAUGUAUUUCCUGUCGAGGAACUCAGAAGGAUUUCAAAGAAACCACAACAGAGCAGGAAAUCCUCAGGGGAAAAAGAAAAAAUACAUGCACUGUGUGUGGAAAAAACUUAUGUGACUACUCAGCCCUUAUAAAGCAUCAGAGAAUCCACAUAGAGGAGAAGCCCUAUGAAUGCAGUGAGUGUGGGAAAACCUUCAAUCGCAGCUCGCACCUUAUUAAUCAUCAUAGAAUCCACACAGGGGAGAGGCCUUAUGAAUGCAGUGAGUGUGGGAAAACCUUCAAUCACAGCUCGCACUUUAUUACUCAUCAAAGAAUCCACACAGGGGAGAGGCCUUAUGAAUGCAGUGAGUGUGGGAAAACUUUCAAUCGCAGCUCGCACCUUAAUAGUCAUCAGAGAAUCCACACAGAGGAAAGGCCCUAUGAAUGUAGUGAAUGUGGGAAAAACUUCACUAACAGCUCAAACCUUAGUAGGCAUAAGAGAAUCCACACCGGGAAGAGGGCCUAUGAAUGCUGUGAGUGUGGGAAAAGGUUCACUUGUAGAUCAGGACUUUCUGAGCAUCACAGAAUCCACACUGGGGAGAGGGCCUAUGAAUGCAGUGAGUGUGGGAAAAACUUCACUCACAGAUCAGCCCUUUCUAAACAUCAGAGAAUCCAUAGAGGGGAGAGGCCCUAUGAAUGCAGUGACUGUGGGAAAAGCUUCAAUUACAGCUCACACCUUAUUGGGCAUCAGAGAAUCCACACAGGGGAGAGGCCCUAUGAAUGCAGUGAUUGUGGGAAAAACUUCAUUCACAGAUCUCAUCUUAUUAUGCAUCAGAGAAUCCACACAGGGGAGAGGCCCUAUCAAUGCAGUGAUUGUGGGAAAAGUUUCACUAGCAGCUCAGACCUUUCUAAACAUCAGAGAAUCCACACAGGGGAGAGGCCCUAUCAAUGCAGUGAGUGUGGGAAGACCUUCACUAACAGCUCAGCCCUUUCUAACCAUCAGAGAAUCCACACAGGGCAGAGGCCCUAUGAAUGCAAUGAGUGUGGGAAAACCUUCACUAACAGCUCAGCCCUUUCUAACCAUCAGAGAAUCCACACAGGGGAGCGGCCCUAUGAAUGCCGCGAGUGUGGGAAAACCUUUAAUCAAAGCUCGCACCUUAUUCGGCAUCAGAGAAUCCACAGAGGGGAGAGGCCCUACGAAUGCCAUGAGUGUGGGAAACACUUCAAUUGGAGCUCACACCUUAUCACACAUCGUAGAAUCCACACAGGAGAGAAACCUUAUGGAUGCUCUGAGUGUGGGAAAUGCUUCACUCAUAGUUCAACCCUCAUCUCACAUCAGAGAAUCCACACAGGGGAGAAGCCCUACACAUGCUUUGAGUGUGGAAAAAGCUUCAAUCAGAGCUCACACCUUAUCAGACAUCAGAGAAACCACACAGGAGAGACGCCCUACACAUGCUCUGAGUGUGGGAAACACUUCAGUCAGCGUUCAAACCUUAUCACACAUCAUAGAAUCCACACAGGAGAGAUGCCGUACAUGUGCUCUGCGUGCGGGAAAAGCUUCACUCAGAACUCUCCC